AUGUUGAAGUCAUCGAUUCUGCCGACCCCCGAGUCGAGGUACUCUUCGUCGUCUUCCAUCUCACCGCCAUCAACUGUUUCGUCGUGUUCGGUCCCUUUCGAGGAGGGACGCCAGUCCUGGAAUCUGCCACACAGAACAAUAGAGCCCGUGAAACCACAGUCAUCAUUCCUCUUCGUAGACUACCAAGCAGAAAAAUCACAGGACAAGAAAGUGCGCAACGAGAAACAAAAGUUUCUUCUCAAAAAUUACCACAGGAGAAAAAAGCAAGCGUCCAUCCUGCGCUUGAAAACUGCGAAUACGGCCCCAUCCAACCAUAUUCUAGUCGAUCACUCAACGAGCGCGCAAUUGACCUCAGAUAAUGCAGACUUCACCGGAGAGCAGGAUGGAUGGGUUGACGAAGGCCAGGGUCCGAGAAGAGCCCCAGGGCAAGCGGAACUGCGGUCUGAGAUGUGGUCCCUCAAAGCCUAUCUCAGUCAGGGCUAUGCCGAUCCGUUUGGGGCAUCAGCGGUUAAGAUGACAGGUUCGAUGAAUAUGUACUUUCAUCAUUUCAGACUCCACACCAUAGCAGCAUGCUAUCCAGUCGACGCUACGAGGAUGAGUAUGUGGUGGUGGCAGAAGGCCAUCACACAGCCAGCUCUCCUCCAGGCGCUCCUGUUCUUAACAGCAGGCCACCAGGCGACAUUAGAGUCGAGCAACGGCGUCUCGUCUGUGGUCAUCAAGAAGUCAACGCGAGAUUCACUUCAUCUCCGCGGUGAUACACUUAAGACGUUGAAUAAUAUCAUGCAAGAUCCUCUCAAAGCAGUAGCUGAGUCUACGACACUGGUUGUUGCUUCGCUUGUUGCGAUUGAGGCUGUCGAUGCAAAUAUGGAGGCUCAUGACGCGCAUAUGAAAGGACUCAAGAGGCUUGUCCAGUUGAUGGGCGGAUUAGAUAAUUUGGACCACAUGACUUUGUCCAAAAUCUACCAGAGCGACGUCAAGAGCGCUGCCCUCUACAAUACCCGGCCAGUCUUUCCCAUCUCCGCGCGCUGGCGCAGUGAAAUCAUCCAAGACUUUCGACUUUUCCUCACGCGGGACGAGCUCGACACGCCCAAAGAUCUUGCUUCCCUUGGUGCCACCAUCUUCUCUUCCGCCUGGUAUACGAUGCUUGACCGCACUAUGAAAACCUCCCUCCAGGUUAUCCGGCGCCUGAUCAUUUACUACGAACAUGUGCAGCGUAAUCCGGCUUCUGUAAUGCCCACAGAUAACGAUCUUUUUCUUGUCGCCGAGCACCAAGUCCUCUCGUUGUGCUACACGACAACAGAUCCAACCGAUAUCAAUGAGACACUUCGCCUCACCUUAGUCAUCUACCUAAACCUGCGAGUGUGGCACUUCCAGUCUUUCCCGUUCAUGGAAUAUGUCGUUGAAUCACUCCGACGGAGCCUUGAGGUUCCAUACUUACAUCUCCAGACCGAAACACCGGAGCUGUUAUUCUGGAUUCUUGUCCUCGGUAGUCUUGCGUCGCAGGGGUACAAGUGCCACCGGUGGUACCUCAACAAGCUGAUUGAGAUGACGAAGCGGUUGGGGUUGAGCGAAUGGAAGGAGGCGAGGUCAGUUCUAGGCGGUUACUUCUACACCGACCAGACUAGCGAGAAGAGGGCCGAGGAGGAUCUUUGGAAUGAGGUGCUUUUGAAGGAAACUUAUUCGUAUAUUGCGCCAAAGCCAGCGUAA